AUGUCGCAAAGACCCUCGACGCCAGUCAAGGUCCCCUCCUCGGCCGCCGACUACACACCCGCGACGCUGGACCCCGACCUGCGCUCCCAAAUAAACACGAUCCUUCUCCGCGACGGCCACGUCCCAAAGAUACAAGAGCGCCUCCUCCACGCCCUCAACGCCGACGCGUCCGACUGGCCCACGGCCAUCCAGAACCACGCCCUGCAGCUGCUGCGCUCCGGCGAGGUCAUCACCUUUCCCGCGCUCCUGCGGCGCGUCCUCGACGACGUGCAGGAGGCGUCCGCCAGGGCCAACGGCACGGCGCCGCCGCCGCCGCCCACCAACGGCAAGACAAACGGCGCGGCGUCGGAUGCGGCGGCCAAGACGUCGCUGGCGGUGCCGCAGGCCGUCGUCGAGGACACGAUUCGCGUGACCAAGGAGUGCUUGGAGAGCGUGUGCGAGAUUGAAGACUAG